AUGGAUUAUGUAUCUCAUAAUACUAAACUGGAAGAUGAUAUUGAUUGGUUUACAUUAUCUGAUAAUAUUAUAUUAUAUAUAUGGAAAUCAAAUUAUUGGAUUACAUUUUUAUUAACUUGGUUAAUUUUACCAAUGUUAUUAGAAUAUUAUAGAUCAGGACAUAAUGAUCCAAUGAAUAAAAUUAAAGAUUCCAUUAAGGAAAAUUUAAAAUUUCAAAUUAUAAUGUUAGGAGUUUCAAUAAUUGGAUUAAUUUAUUUAUUGAUUGAAGUUGGAUUAAAUUUUAAUCAUAUAAAAUUAAUGGUUAUUGCAUUAGCUCAUAUUUAUUCGUUAAUUUUAGCUACUUGGUUAAUGGGUCAUGGAUUAAUUAGUAUUCCUAGAAAUAAAUGGAUUCAAGGUUCUGUAUUAAAAGAUUUAAAUCAUCAAUAUUUAAAAAUUCCAAAAUUAGUUGAUGAAUUAGAAGAUACUAAAAUAAGUUUUAGAGAAGAUGUUUUAAAAGUGUUAAUAUUAAAACAAAAUUAUACAAGUGAAUCAGAAGAAGAUUUUAAUUAUAGAGAUUGGAUUUUAAAUUUAUAUGAUUCAAUACCUGGAGAAAUUAAAGAACAAGUUGAAAAACAAUAUUUACAUGAUACAACUAAUAUUGAUAGAGAUCAAUUAAAUGAUCAAUAUAUGACAAAAUUAAAUUCUGAUUUUAACCUGAAUUUAAGUAGAUUAAUUGGAUAUCAAUCUGAAUUAAAUAGAUUGAUUCGUAAAGUUGUUAGAUUAGAAGAUGUUUUAAAUGCUGUUUCAACUAAAGAAUUGAUUUUCAGAAUGGAUAAUCAUAAAGUGUUAUGGAGUCCUAAAUUUAAUUUCAUAUAUUGGUAUUAUAUACGACCAAUUUCAAAUAAAAUAACUGCUGUAAUAUUGGGAUUAAUUUCAUUAAUUAUUUUACAAUCUGAAUUUUUCCAUUCAACAAAAUUGUCUCUAUUAAAUGUGCUAGUCUACUCCACAGGCAUCCAUAAUCAUUCAAUCAUUCAAUUUUUCAUAUUAUCAUUAUUUUUUUCAUACAUGUUAUUUUCAGCAUUAAAUUCAUUAACUCAAUUAAAAAUUUUUAAUAUGUAUCAUUUAGUUCCACAUAAUUCAGAUCCAGUAUCUGCAUGUUGGUAUGCAAUGUAUAUUGCAAGAAUGACAAUUCCAUUAAGUUAUAAUUUUAUAACAUUAUUUGUUAGUAGAAAAUCUAUUUUUGAAGAAUGGUUUGGUCAGUCAAUACAUUUAACUGGUUUAUUUAAUUUAUUAAAUAAUUGGAUACCAAGAUUAAUUUUGAUACCCGUUAUGUUAGCAAUGUUUCAUGUUUAUGAUAAGCUCAAGAAAAAAUUAGGAUUUGGAGAUUUAUAUGAUUCUUGGAUUUUAUUUGAUGAAGAUAAUGAUAAUCUGAAUGAUGAUUUAGGCAAUAAGAGAAAAGAUUUAAUUAUUGUUGAAGCUAAAAGAAUUAUAACUAGAGAAAUGUCCAAAAAAGAUAUGCAAUUAAGACCAUUUAAUUUAAUUAAUAAUAGUACUGAUAAUUUACAAAAUCCAGCAGAUGUAAAUUAUGAAAGAAAUAGAAGAGAAUUUACAACUUCUUUAGCUAAUAGAAUUGAUAAUUCAGUAGAUGAAGAUCCGCUUUAUGAUAAUGGAACGUUAAAUAUCCCACAAAAUGGAUUUUGGGGUAAAGUAAGUAAUACAUUUAAUGGAAUUUUAGGUAAUAAUAGAAACAACAAUAAUAAUGCUAAUUCACGACAAAGACCAUAUAGAGAUGAACCUUUAGAUGAUUUUAAUUAUGAUAAUGAUGCUAAUGAAAAUUUGAUACUAUAG